AGUGGAAACAGUAUCAAAACAACAACGCAGCUGUUCCUUCUGUCACUGCAGUUCCUUUUUCUCUUUCAGAAUCAAACAACAAAAGCACUUAACUCUCAGAGAGACUGCCAGUCGGGAAAUCAGCACAUUCAAGGCAGUUGGUUCUGUAAGCAUGGAAGGUUGGUGUGAAGCUGCAGCAAGCAAUCAGAAAAGCUGGUAAAUGUGAGAAAUAGAAUGCACAGAUGUAGCAAGCAUCAGGUCACACUGAGUUGGAAACUGCUGUGCUAGAAAACCGCGUUGAAAAUGACGCUGACCUCCGUGCUUCUGAUCCUCUUGAUUCUUGCUCUCUGUCGGAUCACCCAAGCUUUCGGAAGGCCCGUGCUUAAUGUAUAUCCCACAAAUGGAUUUGUAAAAGAAGGAGAGACUUUAAAAUUUCAAUGUGGGACAGGAAAAGUACGGGCUGUUAUUUGGUACAAAAAUGGACAGUUUUUCGCUUAUGGAUGGGGUAAUUAUUACGAAACACUCGCGAACAAUGAAACUGGCGGGUCUUAUCACUGUGAGAUAUACAACUCAUGGAAAAAGAGUGAAACUGUUAAAGUUGUCGUCACGGAUAGAAAUGUGGCUUUCCAUGUUGUCCCAGUUUCACCUUUGGAGGGAGAAACACUAAAACUGAAUUGUCGGUACAAAUACGAUCAUAGGUGGAAGAAGGACUUUGGCUUUUAUAGAAAUGGCAAGAAGAUCCAUUCAAUGUGGCUCCCUGGACGUGAAUCAUCAUAUAGCAUUAAAGUAAACAGCACCGAUGACAGUGGAUGGUACAGCUGUAAAAUCGAUUGGUCUGAAUCACGAAAUGUUAAAGUUCAGGUACAAGAACGCUUCGCCCAGCCCGUGCUGAGGGUGGAACCGGCGUCGGAAGUAUUCGAGGGGCUACCAGUCACGCUGACGUGCACUGUCCCGGUGGCACAACCCUUUGUCCUGCUUCACUACUCAUUUUACAGAGACAGUGUCGCCCUGGAGGCCGUGCCUGGUCUUGGCAGCAUUUACACCAUCAAUGCAGCGGCUGUGAACAUUUCUGGGAAUUACACCUGUGAAGCGAUCAACACAGUUUACAGUCUGAGGAAGAGGAGCAGCAGCAUUCAAAUUUCCAUUAAACAGGUGUACACCGUCCCUGUGUUGACCGUGCGUCCUGAGGAACAGCUUUUUGAUGGCCAACGGGUCAAACUGGUGUGCUGGGUUGAAGCGAAUCCCUCCCAAGUUUCCUUACAAUACAGUUUUUACAGAAAUGGGAUCGUUCUCCAGUCUCCAUCGCACCACAGUGAUUACAUCUCUGAGUCAGCUCGUCCGACAGACUCGGGUAUUUAUCAUUGUGAAGUCACAGAUGGGAAGGUGUGGAAAUGCAGUAAUCAGCUCGAUUUGUCCAUCAUGCGAAUUCCAGUGUCAAAACCAGAACUGAUAAUUCAACCCGGAAAGGAUCUAAUCAAAGGAGACACAGGAUGCUUAAUCUGUUCAGUCUCCAAUGGUUCUCUGCCGAUUUAUUACCAAUUCUACAACAGCUCAAGUGUGGAACUGUACAGUGAGCUUUCCAACAGCACUGAGCUUGUUUACAACAUUGGGCCUAUCAGCAGAAGAGAUGAAGGGUUUUACCAUUGUUCAGUGAGAAAUGAGGUGACCGGCCCACAGCACAGUGAAGACAUAGAGAUCACAGUGAUAGUUCCUGUCACAGAUGCUGUGCUGAUUUCCUUCAUUAACGGAACUGAGAUACAGUCCGGCGAUCACCUUGUUCUCUGGUGUCAGGUGAGGGAAGGCACAGAGCCCCAGUUCCUUUGGUACCGUGACAAUGUGCUGCUACGAAACGGCAGUGCACACUACCAUGUGACUGCUGAUGGUGGUGAGCUGGUCAUUCAUUCAUUCCAGAGAGACCAUGUUGGAAGGUAUCAUUGUGCAGCAAUCAACAAAGGAACCAACAACACGAUUUUUAAUGUGACCAGCGACUACAUCAAAUUCACACUGCGAGCUCGAAGCUAUUCCAAGGAAAUCAUGGCAUCGCUCCUCCCAGUUCUGCUGAUGGCUGGCCUGCUUGUGUCGGGUUGCUACAUCUACCGGAGGGCCACAGGCAAUUCGUCAACUGCGUCACAACCCAGGAUAACUGGAUCCCAACCUUCUGGUGAAGGGACAGCAGCCAGCAAUCUGGAGUAUGCGGUAGUUGGAGCAGCACACAAUGCUGAAAACAUCACUGCGGAUCUGGUUUAUUCAGAGGUCACCAUCAAGAAGAGAAAAGAGCCCGGCAACAGUAUUGCUUUCUGCUCCGAUGUGAAGAAGGAUUCGAAGACUGACCUUGAUGAUUAUUGUAUCACAUACGCCACACUGAAUCUCAGCGAGCCCUCGCAGGAAGAAGAUGGAGGGGACGGAAACGUUUAUAUGAAUAUUCCGCGGAAGUAAGAAGCAAGAAGACAUAUUGGUUGGGGGGUGUUCGUUUGAUUCAAUACAACGACUGGUGAAGCGAUACAAUGUACCUCCUGUGUACAGAUAACAAACUUCUUAACUUUAUGUUGGAAACGGUGUUUCACAAUUUGACUCCACUCGUUUCCUUCCGGGGAAGCUACUUUCACGUCAGUGUGACCAUCAAUCUGUUCUGGACUUCGCUGGGUUUUGAAUUUAUCAAACUAUUUUGACUGCUUGCUUUCUUUGGAUAUUUAAUAUCUGCUUCUCCUUCACUGUGAUGUACAUAUCUGAGGAUUAAGCUUUUCAUUUCGUCCACGUUUAAUGGGAGGAAUGCAUCAUCUGUCUCAUUCUUUGAAUGGACGAUCACGUGAAUGUCCCAUUCUGAAUAAUUUAGAACAGAAAUUAUCAGACGGUUCUGACAGGUGGGAGACACUCAGACAGAAAGCAGGCAGUUUUACUGGUUACUUUUCAGGGUGAACGUGUCCUGGAGUGUGCAGCUUGAACUUGAACCUUCUGGCCCCAUAGACAGAAUGGACACUGAGCUGCAAACCACUGGAGAUCCGGAUGGAGGGAGCACGGCUGAUAGGGAGUCUCCAUGGAGAAGCGAACUCUCAACAAUAAGAGACCCCUGCCCGAUGCAUCAGCCCGGCUUUGUGAGAUUCUGUAACCAUUGUGGGAGUGUAUGGGAUGUCUCACGCUGCAGUUGUUUUGGAAACGCCACGAUGAUAGGGGUGGGGGUAUCAGACACAUCCAGAGCAGCAGACUUGAACUUUGAAUGGGGAAGCGAUGGCCUGGUGGUGUUAUCGGUGGGCUGCUCAUACAGAGACCCCAAUAAUGUUCUGGGGACCCGGGUUUCAAUCCUACCACGAAAGAUGGUGGAUUUUAAGUUCAACAAAAUUCUUGACGUUUAAAGACUGAUUGUGACUGCGAAUCAAUUGUCAGUAAAACCCCAUCUGGUUCACUAAUGUCCUUUAGGGAAGGAAACUGCCAUCCUUACCUGGUCAGGCCUACAUGUGACUCUUGACAGACAGCAAUGUGAUUGAUUUGUAACUGCCCUCUGGGCUAUAAGGGAUAGACAGUAAAUACUGACCUCUCCAGUGAUGCCCUCUUCCCAGGAAUAAAAGAAAAGUUGGCCUCUCAGUCCGGAGGUAGGGACACUGCCACAGCACCACAUAGGGCUCUGACUGAUGUAAAUACAGGCUUUGUUGAAGAUGUUAAUAUUUUAAUACCGCCCUCGUACUGAUCUGAUAACUGCUGUCCAUCAAGAAAGGAGCAGUGCAGGUCUGAUUGCAAACUGAUAAACUCCAUCAGGAACAACGACAGUGUGAGGGCGGAAGGUUCUGGUCAAUAGAUAUCAUUUGUCUUUCAGUGGAACAGCAGGACCAUGUCGAUGAAUUUUUAUGCAUUAGAGCGAGUGAAGACAGUGACUCAGUUACAGGUUUUAAACAUUGCAGUCCCUCAUUCAGGCAAAGGAUGUAGGCCAUUACUGGCAAGGACAUCAUGCAUGCCCCUAAUCAUGGAGUCAUAAAGUCAUAUAGCAGGGGAACAGACACUUCAGCCUAACUCAUCCAUGCUGACCAGGCAUCCUAAACUGAACCAGCCUCAUUUUCUUGCACUUGACCAAUAUCUCUCAAAACCUGUCCUGUACAUGCUGGUUCCAUAUAUGCAACAACUACUGCAUGAAAAAAUGCCCCUCAGGUCUCUUUUAAAUCACUCUACUAUCAUCUAAAAUAUAUGCCCUCAUUUCUACUUUCCUACCCAGGGAUACGACCUUGACUAUGCCCCUUAUGAUUGUAUAAACCUCUAUAGUGUCCACCCCUCUGAUGGUGACCCUCCAGGGAAAAAUAUCGUCCCAGGCUCUCCAGCCUCCUCUUAUUAUUAAAACCCACGAGCUUUGAUAACAUCCUUGUGAAACUUUCCUGGAUCCAUUCCAAUUUAAUAACAGCAGGGCAAGAGGAAUUGUAUGCAAUACUCUAAACGUGGCCUGGCCAAUGUCUUGAACAGCCGAAACAUGACAUCUAAACUCCAGUCCUCAAUUCUCUUUUCCCAAUCCAUCGCCAUUCGAAUAAUAAUCCACCUUCCUGUUCUUGCUCCCAAAUUGGCUAACCUCACGUCGAUCCAUUUUAAACUGUAUCUGCCUUAGUGGUCUUUGCUUUUGUACACAAUAAUACUGUAUUCAGUAAAGAACAAAAUUCCUGUACAUAACAUAUUGGGAGAUUUUCUUUAUUAAGUAGAGAUAAGCUGGUGGAACCCUCUUGAUGAGAUGUGAGAUGAUUAUCAGAGAAUGCAAACCAAAAGGAUUGUGAAUGUGUCAUUCAGAAAUAAAAACUGCAAUUGUUUGAAA